AACUUCUUCCACAAAGCCCUCUUCAUCUCGAUUAUUACCCCAUGUAUAUUUAUAGCCCUCCAUCUUCAACAAACACAUGCUCAUGCUAGCAAUAAAAGUGUUAAAGCUUUGACAACUUCUCCAAGAUCUUCUUCUACCUCCUUUCUUCUCCUCAGGGCUGCUCAGAUCAUUCCAGUCCCCAAUGAUAACCCAUCUAUCUCCCCAAUGCAUCUUAUCACUAAGCAGUUGAUCCCACUGCCCCUCUCUAUCUCUUUUGUUUGUGCUGAGGUAAACAAAUAUAAUCCACUCACU